UUUCACAAAAGUUGCAGUCAUCUUUUUCUUCUUGAUGGCAAUGGGUCUUCGUCACUACUCCUCCAUAGGCGAAGAUUCUUUCGAAAAUAAGAACUUAAUUACUUCUUCUGAUAAUACUCUCGACGAUGCAUGCAACAACGAAAACCCUCACAUAGAGCAAGUGAUCCAAGAUCCCAAGACAUCCAUGGCAAAUGAUCAAAACUCUUCUGGUUGGGAAGAUGAAGAGAUUGAAGUCAACAAAAAGUCAACAGAUCCAAGCACAAGCAAUGGAGCUUCACAUCUUCAGGACCAAGUUUUCAGCACUUCUAAUGGCAAUGCAGUAGGACCUGAGAUGAUUAUCAUUCUUGCGCUUGUAACCAUCUUUGGUGGUCUCUAUUUCUUUGCUCCCUAUGUCCUUCUCGUAGCGGUAAUUUUUGGUUUUGGAUUUAUAGUUUUUGUAUCGAUGAAUUCAAGAUAAUCUGGUUUUCCAUCAUCUAGGUUUUUCUUAGGGUUUUAGGGUGAGGAGGGAAGGUAGAGUAAA